UGUCCCGGCUCCAUCCCCUCAUCUUCUCACUCGCUACGGCGGCACGCACUACAGUCUUCCCGCCAAUUUGUGUGCUUGAGGAAAAUGACUACUUGCUAUCCUGCUACUGUGUCCACGAGUUGUCCAAAUACAGAUGAAGUGGAUGCCUUUAAGUGUGGAUCCAGUGAAAGUAUUCCUUGCAAUUUUAAAAAUAUCUUCAAUGAAAUAUUAAUUCCAUACCCGGAGAAAUGCUUUGCAGCUUUUCAGUCUUGUGGAUCUCAAGAAGAAACUGAUGGUAGCCAACCGAUAUUCUUCUUAAAAAAGUACAAAGAACUUGCUUUGCAUUCUAGAGGACUGGCAGUUGCCAUCACUUUCAAAGAGAACAAUAAAAACUACGUUGUGAGCGUUAACAGUGAUUCCUCUAUUGCUUUUAACCAAUGUGAGCUUCCUCGGGAUAUAUCGGGGGUGCAGAGUGACAUUAUCUUCUAUCAAAAAGUAUUUCGCCAAGAGCACCCAAACUCGUUUCGUUUUGAAUCGUCGCUCAAACAAAAUUUUUACCUUGGUUUCAGUGCAGAUGCAGACGACAAUAAUAAGAAGCUGGUUCUAAAACACCUUCCUAGAGAUUACCUCGAUGAAACAAUUAUGUUUACUUUUGUAUGAUGUCUGACAAUGUGCCGGCAUUUUUGGCCGAGUAUGGAGCCACCAAGAGCUUUUUAACGAAAUCUAUAGGAAACCAUAGGCCUUGUCUCCGUUUUGGUAGAUAGAUAUGAUAAUUAAUAAUAAGCUGAUAGGGCUCUGCCUCCUAGCCAUUCUUUUUUAUGGUAUGUGGAACUCUAGCCGGAUAUUGGUUCCUUUUGGAAAGGGUGGAGAAAAGUUUGAAAUUCGUUGAUUUAUUUCUGUUGCCCUGGUGGGGACCUUUCUCCUCACUUCCUGUCCUAGUAACAAGUGAGAGGACAUCUCUACAACCAGGAUACUACAGUAGUAAAUGCACUUCCCUGGUGCCUCCAUGGCAGCAUACAUGUGGUAGAGCUCCGCCUUGACUUCUCUUUCUGGACUAGUGAAUAGCAUAAAUUAAAGGCAUAGGCCCUCCCCCAACAUUCUCC